UGCCGUCGACUACUCUUUGCGUUCAUUCCUACGAUUUUCUUUUUACACAUCUAGAACUGUAGCCCCGCGCUACGAUGCCGCCCGCAUUUGAAUUUCAAGGCAAUCGCGGUGGCGAUCGACGCCACAACCCCAGACACAACUUCACGUUUCGCUAUGCGCGUCCUCACAUCUCCGAACGGCCGCUUCUCAGAUCGACACGAGAAACUACCCCAGAACCCCUCGUGUCCGCUGGCCAAACAGGGGAGCAGAAACCGGCCAUGAAGUUCGCGCCGUUAGCUGACCUCAGCGACAGCGAAGAGGAAGACAUGGAUGUUUCCGACGACGACGCAUCGCAUCCUCGCAAAAAACGCGCGCUCGAGAACGGCGACAUGGUUCCGGCUCCGGCUCCGGCUCCGGCCCCGCCUGCUCCAAAGUGGUCCAACCCGGACCCGUAUACAGCCUUGCCCCCGCCCGAUGAGAGUCAAUCGAAGAAAGUCGAUGUGGUCAAGUUGAUUCGGAAAUCUCGCGCGGCGGCGAGCGCGGCGGAUUCGCAGGCGACCCAAGCGGACACGGCGGUCACGACUAAUGAAGAUUUUAUCUCGUUAGGUGAUUUGCCUGGUGGCAAUGACGACGAAGAGGACGAGGACGAUGAGGUUGGGAAUCCCAACGCUCCAGAUAAUGCACCCAGGGGACCUAGGGCAGGCGACUUUGCAUUUGGUCGGAAGAGAACUUACGACGACGAGUUAAAAGGGCAUUCUAAAAAGACGGGAAAGCCAAUCAGCCGGUAUUAUCCGGACGCCUCUGUUCUCGAUGAAUGGAGGGUUCGUCAAUCGCAGUCGGGAACUCCUUGGCUUACUCUCAUGCCGCCUACAUUACACCCUGGCACAAGACUGCACAAUGAAAUUGUGAGCUUCUUCCAUUGGGUCAAACCUAAUUCCUUCGAACAAGUCGUCCGAGAAGAUCUGGUACUGAGGCUGCAAUCCGCGUUCUCGCGGCGAUACUAUGGUGUCCAAAUCCGUGCCUUUGGCUCCUUUGCUUCUGGAAUGUAUCUUCCUACUGCAGAUAUCGAUUUGGUCUUACUCUCAAGUAACUUCAUCCGCACAGGCGUCAAGACCUUCGGAGAGCGGAAAGGCCAGAUCUAUGCAUACUCCGCAUUCCUCCGCUCUACAGAAAUCGCUGUUCCCGGCUCGAUUGAGACUAUUGCUCAUGCGCGAGUCCCGAUUUUGAAAUUCGUGGACAAGUUGACUGGUCUCAGAGUUGAUCUGUCGUUUGACAACGACAGUGGUCUUAUUGCCAACCGUACAUUCCAACAAUGGAGGUCUGAGUAUCCUGCCAUGCUGCCUAUCGUCUCGAUUAUCAAGCAGUUUUUGCUCCUGCGCGGUCUCAAUGAAGUCGCGACUGGCGGCUUGGGUGGAUUAUCCAUUACUUGUCUUGUUACUAGUCUUCUACAACACCUGCCGCAUGGACAUCUUGAGCCAAACCUAGGCAGCGUUCUUAUGGAUUUUUUCGACUUCUACGGCAAUAAUCUGGAUUAUGAGAAAGUUGGGAUACGACUCAAUCCGCCCGGCUAUUUCAACAAGAGAGUCUACAAUGACAAUCGCCGCCUUACAAUUGAAGACCCCAAUAAUGCUAGCAAUGACAUCUCAGGUGGUACUAGGGAAAUCGCGUUGAUCUUCCAAUCCUUCUCUGAUGCAUACCGGAAGCUCAAAGAACGGAUGAUUUCAACCUCGAUGGGACAGUCCACCCGUACCAGCAUUUUGGACACUAUCAUCGCCGCGGACUACGACGAGUAUACGGAGCAAAGAUGGCAGCUGCGUCAAGUUUUCGAUAACGACCCUCGGUUCGAGCGUUUUCAGUCACUUACGCCUCCGCCACCACCUCCGGGUCCUCCACCGACUGACCCUGCUUCGCCGCCGCCGCCGCCGCCGCCUUCCCGUCCAUCAGUCAACUUAAGAUCAUCACAGCCUCCUCCACCUCCACCUCCGUCGGAAAAGCUGACUAAAGCGCAACGGAGGCAUAAUGCAGGCAAAGAUCGCGCUACUCGGUUAAGGCGACUGCGUCCGGAUAUACGUUCUAUUCCCGAUUCUAUCAGCAAUGACCAAGCGAUGAAACUUGGCAGUUACAAGUCACAGAGUGGCAUGGAUAGAGACUUGAUGAUCCGAGAGAAGGCUUUAAACCUGAAAGGGUCAUGAAAUAGUCUUCUGGAAAGAAAAGCUGGGUAGCCUUUCUUUAUUUCCUUGCCUUUAAUAUGCUAUUGCAUGAUCGAUGAUUGUACCAUCGUGCUGCCUCAUUUAUUUCCUUACUAUCCUCAUUCUGUCUUGAUAUGCGAUACCCAUUCACAUGUAUUAUGUGGUUUGCCGUUUUUGUAUCCUUCAAAAGUUAUAGAGGCGGAGUGGUAUUCUUUUUUUUUUUUUUUUUUUUUUUUUUUUUU